AACAACCGUUAGGCUAUAACCAGCGAGCUGAACACAUUUAUCGCUAUGGUCCCGGUAAUAAACAACCGUUAGGCUAUAACCAGCGAGCUGAACACAUUUAUCGCUAUGGUCCCGGUAAUAAACAACCGUUAGGCUAUAACCAGCGAGCUGAACACAUUUAUCGCUAUGGUCCCGGUAAUAAACAACCGUUAGGCUAUAACCAGCGAGCUGAACACAUUUAUCGCUAUGGUCCCGGUAAUAAACAACCGUUAAGCUAUAACCAGCGAGCUGAACACAUUUAUCGCUAUGGUCUCGGUAAUAAACAACCGUUAGGCUAUAACCAGCGAGCUGAACACAUUUAUCGCUAUGGUCUCGGUAAUAAACAACCCGUUUGUAUAGCCUCAGUCUACCACUUGAUCCACAUUCCGCAGUCACAACUUCUUUAGAGCCCGCGACAUAGUGGUCCCGGUAGUAAAAACAAACGUGAUUAAUACCGCUUCAACCGGUGGCUUCCGCGCGACCUACUCCCGGCUCCGUUACUUAGUAGUCUACGCUACACAGUGGGGUUAUUGAGUAAAAGGAUAUGCGUGGUUACAGGGUGUAAAAAUAGUCCUCAGCUCUUACAUCAGUGGGCUAUGUGUAUUAUUGGGUACUCGUCCUGUCCACGUAACAACAACCUCCUGGGUGUUCUUCACCCACACGGUGCACUGGACAGGGCAGUAGCCGAGGCGAAAGCCGUAGCAUUUUACUUUACUAGCAUUAUACUUUUCAAUGUAGGAAUAAUGAACAGCCUACAUAAGUUUGGAUAAUAAAUCCAGAUAGCAUCAGUAGAGUUCCGCAGCAUAAUGACCGAUUGUUGACCUUUGGCACGGCGCGGUGACAUGGAAGGGACAAAUACGCACGUCGCUGCAUAUGGGCUGGAACUGCUGCUGGUUCAGCGUUGAGAGCCACGGACACCGCCGGGGAAAUCGCCGCCUUCGGAUAAUUAUGCUGCUGCUGCUGCAACUACAACCGAAGGCACCGGUCAACCGAAGGCUGUCAUCAGUUUGUGUUUGUUUGUCUCUGCACGUUGAGAAAUGUGGAAUGCUGCGUUCGGAAAUGGGUCAGAUUUGCGUAGUGGAGGAGGCGGCGGCUGCGGCGGCGGCGGGUACGUGCCAGCGCAGGACUGGGAAUUCGUUCCCUGCUCGCGCCUGGAAAGAGAAAGAGAGAGCGGCAGAGGGAAGAGUCGCAGCCCGUUCAGGACGUUCUCCUCCCCGCCAACAGCCACUCAGUUCUACGAACAGUCUCAUCCUGGAACGGUUGGAACGUCACUGGAGCUUCCUCGGGGGACAAGUUCGGGCGCAAGAGCCAGGGACUCAUCACUCCCGCCUGAAAAGAAGUUUGAACACUUAAAGAAACGCCACGGACAGGACAAGGAAGAAUGGAUACGAGAGAAGCGCCACGGACAGGACAAGGAAGAAUGGAUACGAGAGAAUGAGAUACUUUUAAGACAAGUUGCUGAGAUACAAGGUGGGGAGAACAGAAGGAUUUUGUUGGAUCUGAAGACUGUAGUGGAGGAGGUGCAGCUAGAGGUGAAGAGAGAGGAGUCGAAGAGGAGCGAGCUACAGCUGCAGUACACUAAGGACAGAUGUGUCUGGGAACUGGAGAGAGCUGAGCUGAAAUGCAGAAUCGCACAGGCUACCAGGGCCUACCACCAAGCAUCCUGUGUCUUCGAGCUACCAGGAGUUACCACCAAGCAUCCUGAGUCUUCAGGCUACCAGGGUUUACCACCAAGCAUCCUGAGUCUUCAGGCUACCAGGGUUUACAACCAAGCAUCCUGUGUCUUCAGGCUACCAGGGUUUACCACUACAUCCUGUGUCUUCAGGCUACCAGUGUUCCACCAGUGA